AUGUCAUUCAACCGAACUGCAGGUGGUCGUGGAAUCAACGUAGCCGUGAUAGAGUCAACUACAUACACCAUCAUGGAUGUUAAAAACUUUGAUACAUAUGAGUAUAAUAGUUCUAAUUUGGAUGAAUGGCUUGAUCACAUGGUUAAAGUUGGGGAUGUUGUAAUAUUUUUCACAUUUGACGAGGCUUCUAAAAAGUUAACAAAAAACACAAGAAAUGUUUUAUACAAUAUGGGGAGUGGGAAAAUUCAAGACUUAUGGUACAGAUGUCAAUGGUUUAUGGUGACACAAAAAGGAAUUCAAGGCAUCACGCCGUAUGAAAAAAUCACAUAUUCGCAUAAGAACAAUUGGGCAGACGUAUUGGAUGAAAAAUUAUGUGUUCCAUUUCAAAUAACAGGAAACCCAAUUGUUUCUGACGACUUAUCCAAUCAGCAACUGUCGUUUUGUAAUGCUACUUUUGAUGAGUACACCGAGUAUUGCAAUGAAAGUAAUGAACACACCGGAAGCUUUAAUUACGGUUACAUGAGAAGCGAGUCCCGAGAAAGUCAAAGAACAACGCCUAGUCGAUUGCUUGACCGAACGGAAUAA